CGGCCGAAAGCCGACGUGCCAUAUGCCGCUCCCUUGCUCGUUCCGCGCCUUCGCUUAUUUAUAAGGGGAUUCCCCAUUGUUUGUUCCAGUUUUGGAGAUUUUCAAGAGAUAGCCGCUGAUAUUCGAGUCCCCCCUUUCUUCCUUCAACUUCAACAUCUGCCGGCCGGCAAACUCCAGCCCUCAGAGAGCGAGGCAGGCAGAGAGCAGCAGGGGCAUGGACGGCGACAGCCCGGUGAUGACGGGGAGCGAGCGGCGCGCGUACCGGUACGCGCAGGCGCCGAAGCUGCAGGGCCUGAGCGGCAUGAGGAAGUCGUGGUCCAACGACUCGCUCUUCGGCUACGCCGGCCCGGGAGGCAGGCCCGCGGCCCACUCGUGCGUGUGCGCGCCCACCACGCACCCGGGCUCCUUCCGCUGCAAGCACCACCGCCAGAACGCGUCCCACCUCGGCGGCGCGCCGCACCCGCAAUCCACGGCCGACGCCGACGCGAAGCAAGACGAGGCGCAGGAGGAGAUCUCGUCCACGGACCAGGAGAAGGCGUCGUGAAGGGCGAGAGGCAACGUGUGCUUCCUUCGCAGGAGGAAAUAUGUACCGUGUUGUUUGGUUGCACGUUUGCCUAGUGUAAAUCUCCAACGUCAUUUCAUCGUGGACCGCUUUUGCUCUGUCCGUUUCAUAGGCUUGGUCUGAGGUUUCGAUGCUUAUUCGCUUCUUUUCAUUUCUCGUAGAAUAGAGGAGGGCUUUGUCUUUUCCAAGUUGUGUAAAUAAAGUAAACCGUUGUAUGUGGGGAUGAAAUCGGAGCAAGAUAUGCAAACAAUAAAAAUUAUGUUAAAGUUUUAACA